CCUUGGUGUAUGAUAUUUGCAGUCAUUACAAGAGUUGAGAUAAUUGAACGUACUGAUGUUUGGACUGUCAAAAUUGCCGCAAAUGAACUCCGAAUGUUUACAGAAGGUGAUGCAAGACAGUGAAGCUUUGUCCAGUCACCAUGUCAGAGGCCACAGAACCACCAGGGAAGAAAGCCAAAAUGGCUGAUACCAUCAUAGACAAUGUCAUAGCAAACAUAAUGCACUCAAAGAAAAACCUCACAGCAGUUCUGGAUGAUGACUUUUACAAGGAAAUACCAUUGAUAAAAGUUUAUAUUGGUCAUGCUAAGGACCCUAAGGAGAUAUCAAGAAUGUUUCAGGUCCUAAAUGAGAAGGUACCUUUGAAAGAAUUUCACCAUUUGAAAAGAGCGAGGAAGAGAGAAAUAUUAUUAUGUCCAACUGUUUUUCUGGAUACUGUCAUGCCUCAAUCUAUUCAAGAGUUUCUAGAACAGAAUGUGGAUGAGUUGAAAGAUUGUUUUGAAUAUUUUAAAGAAAUUGAGGUCCCUCACAAACCUCCAUUAGUACGUAAACAAUAUUUAGAAUGUAGCAAGCACUGGUCAAUAAAUUUCCAUCCAAAUAAAUAUUUAGAGAAAUUAAUCAGUGACGACUUCUUCAAAAAUGAAGAUUUAAUUGACCAUAGACUGUUCAUGGGCAUGGCGUUUGAAGUUGCCAAGUGGUAUCAUAAUGAUAAAAAAUUUACUCUAGAAGACAUUGUUAAAGGUAACAUUAAUGCAGCUGUUGUCGUUGAUCCAAAAAAUAGAUCUGUUGUUGCUGUAGUAUGUGACAACAAGUAUGAACAUCCCAUUCAACAUGCUGCCAUGUUGGCGAUAGACAAUGUAGCGAAAACACAGAAAGGUGGUGCUUGGUCUACUGUUGUGGACUCUGGAACAGGAACUCUAGCUGGCUUUGACAAAGGUAUGUUGAUGCAUUUGAAAAACAAGUUUCGUGAAGUGAAUUAUGGUGCAAAAAUGUUUGUUAGCAAAAGAGAUGAUGCAAUACAGAGUGAGGACAGUCCAUACUUAUGUACUGGAUAUUACAUUUAUUUAUUAAGGGAGCCGUGUGUUAUGUGCGCGAUGGGGUUAGUGCAUGCCAGGACGAAGAGAGUGUUUUUCUGUUAUGACAACCAAUACAAUGGUGCUUUGAAAUCUAAAACAAAGUUACAGUGUGUAGAGGCGUUAAAUCAUCACUUUGAAGUGUUUACUGGAUUUUUAUAGAACAUUUUGCUAUACUAUGCUGACAUUUUAUGUUGUGUAUACAUUUCUUAAAUAUAUAUUUUUAAGAAUGA